CACUCGAUCUGGAGCGACUCAAGCCAAUAACAUCCACAUAUUUGCAGUUAACUCGCAGCAUGGGCCUGAGCGACGAGGAUGCUCUGCGCUUCGAUAAUCUGGAAACCAUACCAGCAGCACCGGCCACAAGCACCGACACCAGCAGCCUGGUUGGUGUAGGAGGCGGCGGCGGCGUCGGCGGCGGUGGCGUUGGAAGUGGUGCUGGUGGUGCCGGCAGCGGACUGGUUGAUAUUGCCAACAGCCUGAGCGGUGGCGGCAGCGGCGGCGGCGGCGGCGGAGGUGGCAUAACCAACGAGUCGGAGGCCUACGCGGGCCUCAUGAAGGAUGCGGACAAACUGAAACUAAUGCUGCUCGCCUGGAACUACCAGAACUCGACGGCUGUGCGCAACGGCACCGAGGGACCCGACCUCAGCGUUGUGGGCGGCCUUUGGGCGCAAUAUCAGAAUGCUUUGGCCCAGAAUGCGGCGGCGGUUGCAGCGGCCAACAGUAAAAUGGACAGCUCGCUGUCGCCGGUGCCCAGGCAGGAUGCGCCGUCGCCCAUGGAGGCGCAGGACGAGACGAACUCGUCCGGCCAGAAGGAGGAGGAUGAGGUUUCCGAGGAUGACUCUGAUGACAAGCUGGACGAGAAGCUGGCCACCCCACACGAUCCAGAGCGGCUCAAGGCCUUCAAUAUGUUCGUGCGUUUGUUCGUGGACGAGAAUCUGGAUCGCAUCAUACCCAUCUCGAAGCAGCCAAAGGAAAAGAUUCAAGCCAUCAUCGAUUCGUGCGCUCGACAAUUUCCCGAGUUCAGCGAUCGUUCCCGCAAACGCAUUCGCACCUAUCUCAAGUCCUGUCGCCGCAACAAGAAGACACGAGACGGCUGGGAGAAUACGACUCGACCGACGCCCGCUCACCUGACCUCCGUGCAGGCGGAGCAAAUCCUGGCCAUCGCCUGUGAGAACGAGUCGAUGAACGCGAAGCGUAUGCGCAUUGGCCUGGAGCCCAUCACCCACGCGGUGCCGGCGCCGGGCAGCGUUGUGGCCGCCGCAGCGGCUGCCGCAGCGGUGGCCGGCACCAGCACCACAUCCGCAAGCAAUGCGGCGACCGUCACCUGCACCGCAGCCGACGCGGCUGGGCUGAGCAGCGUGGCCGCCGCGGCGCUGCCAUUUGUGAGCGCCGUCGGCUUUGCACGCUCCACGCCCAACUCGGAGCAUGCGGACGGCGCGUUCGGCGGCGCAGCGAACAUUGCGGGCGCGGGCAGUGCAGGCGGCAACAGCACCAGCGGUGCAGCUGGCGGCGGCACAGGUGGCAUGAGCUCUGCGCGCAGCUCUCCGCUGGCAUUGAGCUCGAAUGCGAGCGUCGGCAGCGCCACUGUAACGGGCCUAGCGCUAGCCAACGGCGGCGCCGGAGCAUCCAAUGGCGCCGGCCUGCCCUCCAGCAGCCCCUAUACCACGGACUUCAGCUCGCCCUCGGCGGCCUCGCCCUUCGUGGCAGCCGCAGCCGCCGCGGCCGUCGCAGCCGGCCGUGCGCCCAGCUAUCCUGGCUACUUUCCGGGCGUCGCCAGCCUGGGUAAUGUCACGCCCACCGAUCUCUCCAUGAAGCCAACGACGCUGGGCGCUGGCAGCGGCCUUGCCAGCAGCAUCAACAGCAGCAGCAGCAACAACAACAACAGCAUCAACAUCAACAGCAACACAGUCAGCGCACAGCUAAGUGCCGCCAAUCUGGCCACACUGAGCAAUGCCAGCAACAACAAUGCCCUGGUCACAGCCACACAGCAGCUGCAACAGCUGCAGCAGCAGCAGCAGCAACAGCAACAGCAGCAGCAGCAGCAACAGCAGCAGCAACAACAGCAGCAGCAACAAUUGCUGGCCGCCUCGGGCGAUGCCAAUUGCUCGCGUGUGGCGCCCAUCCUCCCACACAAGCUGAGCCCCAACGAGGUGACCGCCGCCCGCCAGGUGAUCUCGGCGUACAGGGAGAGCGCCGCCUUCCUGCUGCGCACCGCCGACCAGGUUGAGCAGCUGCUCGUGCAGCAGCAGUAGGCGUGGCAGCAGGCAGCCUGGUAAGCGCCGCUCACGUUGCUAUUCGGUGGUGGUUGGUGGUUAGGGUGGUUAGGGUGGGGCAGGUGGAUGAUGCUAGCCUUGGUGGGUCACUUUCCAGAUUCAAGCGACGCUUAGCGCGCGUUUGGAUUGUUCCUAUAUAAAUUUAAAUUUUAAUUAAAUUACACAGCAACAGCAACAACAACAACACACAGCAACUAAGCAAACUAGCAAGCAAAAACAAAAACAAAUAGUCAAAGCAUAGAU